AUGGGAAGACGGAAGAAUCGUGGCAGGGAUCCAGUCUUACUUUUUCUCCAAGACUCUCACAACCUGAGAAUCCUUGCUCAAUUGGCGAAUGAAGAUAACUUUGACUCCGAUAUAGCAGCCGGCCUUCUAAAGGAUGUACAAAACAAGGUUUCCAAUGUACCCGAUUGGGAAACCUUUUACAAACGAGCGACCCGGGUAUCGUCCUCACUGUCUGAUCAAAAACCCAUUACCCACCUCCGACAAUUCCUGAGCCAUGUGCGAGCCCGGAAUACACAGAAUACAGCAAAAGCUUCACACCGCCAGAAGCGGAAAUUGGUAUGGUUAUACUUGCCCUGCAAAUAUUUUUCUUAUGAAAUUCGAUUGGAGGUUUCCGAACUCGGUAUCCGAUCCGAUCCAUAUACAGUCCAAGAUGUCCUAGAUGGGAAGCCCAAUGCUCCAAAAUUCAUAGUAAUCUGGCGCGAACGCACGACCAAAUAUCGGGACAUAAAGGCCAACAUUUAUAUGACUGAAAAUGCCAGUAGCGAAAAUCAUGGAGUACUCAAAGUUGUUGAUUUAGAUGACUAUGACAUGUUGAGGCUAGAUCACAAUAAGUCAUAUAUAAUCCUCUCAGGCUGUCCCAAAGCUUUUAUUAUCCAGUCAGUUGUCAUGCGGGGUGUUGCCUUGGGAUGUGCAUACUCCCCAUGCUUGACAGAAUUUCUCCGUGAGGCAGUUGAUGCUGCUGUCAAUUUCCGCCGCAAUAUUCGGCCGACCCAUGUUGGGACUAUGAACCAGGUUGGUCUCAACAUGGGCCCCCGUCAUGCACGGGUUUUUGGACCUGCUGUUUCAUUCACAAAGAAGCUAGUCAAGGAAAAGAUGGUUGAUCACGAUGAAGAUAUCAUCGGUGCUGCUUCCCUGAUAUGGUCUAUUGCACAGGCUGUUCUUCCACAGGAUGUCCUUCAGGUCAUGUAUGAUCAUAUCGCAGCUGAAGAGUUACCACUCCUGCAGACUCGGAAUGUUGCUCCUGGAUCAGGUUUUACCCUCCAAAUUGACAGUACCGAAUACUUUUUUCCAUAUACAGAGCGUGCACCACCAGAAGUUUAUAUCAAUAGGGCAUAUUCUGCUCCCACUCAUAUGGAUCGCACUUAUUGUAAAUAUGCUGCAGCAUAUAUUGCUGACCGCAUUAUUGACCUCAUGCAUCCUGAUCGUCAGGGUCCUCAUGCACUCCCCUGUGACAUUGGGGGAAAUUAUGUUGAUGUCCAGCUUGGUGUAGUAGUUGAAUCUGCACCUGGAACACUGAUCGUUUUUCAACCUGGCCAGCGACAUGGUACCACAUUAUCUUAUGGUGUAUGUAAUUAUGGUUAUGCAGUCACAUUUUCGCGCCGUCUUAUUGAUGGGUAUCGGGAGCUUUCAGAAGAGGGGAAAAGGGAAUACUUUAUCAGGCCGUCAGAUUCUAAUGAAGAGGGUGUCAUAUAUAAUUAG